GACCUAUCGGGAAGUGAUUCGCGAUAGCGUGUGAGUGAGGCCAAAGCACAGGAAAAUGUCGGGUGGUGAUUGCAGGGUCAGUAAACAAUGAUUUCGAACCUUUGAAAAAUUAACGGACCGACCGUCAGACGGGAUGGGGUCCACGGACCGACAGAACGGGCGUGGGUGGCCCAUUAGCCGUGGGCGGGUCGGGGCGUUAUAAUACUAGACUUUCAAAAUUUUAAGAUCCUUAAAAUUGUAUAUUAUUUGGGGCCUAAGGCAAAUGCUUUUUUAAAUAUACAUCAAACACGCCUCUGUGGUCAUGACAUGUAGAGAGGUUUGGAAAUAUUCAUGUAUACUACUGGAAAUUUGGCUGCAUGUUUGUGAAAGAAUAACUGGCAACUAAUUAGCUAAAUAUCGAGAAAAUGUCAAAAUGAUAUUGAAUAAUGAAGACUGUUUCGUAACAGAGACUUUCAUUUUCUACUCUUUUUUAAUCCAGAUCGUGCAUUGCUUCUUGUCCAAGUAGAGCUUCCACACACGAAAAUUGGUUUGAAUUUGAUCAAAGAUAUAUAUACUUCUUAAACGGUGGUAAUAGCACAGUCAACCAAAUAACCCCGACAUUUACGUGAGACGUUAAAAAUCCACUACUUGCACGUCAUUACGUCUGAGGUGAAGUCAUUAACAAUAUUAUAUUCCUUUAUUCAGUAAUAAAAUAAAAAUAAUAAUUAAAACCCUUCCUCUUGCACUAGUUAUGGGAUCAUUAGCAGCUUCCUACUUGAAAUUUUCACAUGGUCGCUUUCUUGAUUUCGUUGACCAAAAGAAAAAGAAUUAACAAAAAUAAUCAGAAUCCUAUUUUAUUGAAUGAGGAAGAAGAGUAAGAUAUAAGAAAGAGACAAGGAGACGAAGAUUCGGUAAGUCUUCUUUCUUCAUCAAUGGCGGAUCCUGGUACUGCCAGUUUCUUGACGAGAGCCAAUGCCUUGCUUAGGAAAAACUUAACCUAUCAGAAACGGAACAUAUGGAGCAACGUUCGGCUCAUCAUGAUCCCUUUCCUCCUCUGCCUAAUGCUAGUGGCUUUACAAAUCGUUUUCGAUACAGUGGUUAAUAACGCGGACAAUAAUCGUUGUGGUUGUCAAUGUAUUGUCACCAAUCAAAAUGGUAACUGCUUAAACGAGACUUGCGGUAUAGAAUUUUCGAGUUCAGAUCAAGCAUUCUUUUGUCCCAUAUCUAGUCCUCCGAGAUGGCCUCCAUUGUUACAAGUCCCGCGUCCUGAAAGCCGUGCUGUUAAUACUACUUUCCUUCCGUACAUGGGCCUACCUGAUGAAACUUGCAGAAGAACAAGAACUUGUCCUGUUACCAUACUUUUUACUGGGAAUAACCGUUCCCUUGGAACAAGUUUAUUUGGGAAUCUGCUACCUAGUUCUGUAACAGUGAACAUCUCUGAUCCUUUGCAGGGUUUAGCCUAUAAUGUUUUGGGUACUGAGGCAGAGUCAGAACUCACCAAUUAUCUUGAUCCAGGGAUUGCGUCAAAUCUUUCAAUCUACAAUAUCCAAUCUGGGUGCAUUUCAAACGCUGCGUUUCCGUUCUCAUUCGAAGAAGAAACUCUCAAGUUUAAGAAAGAGCUGAGAUGUGCUCAAGGAUUGAAUCUCUGGCGAAAUAACUCCAGACAGGUCAAUGAUGUGAUAUUCAAAGGUUAUCGGAAAGGAAAUCCCGAGGGGAAGAUAAAUGAGAUUGCUGCAGCGUACGACCUUUUGAACACGGAUAGGAACAACUUCAAUGUGCACAUCUGGUACAACUCAACAUACAGAAACGGCACAAAUGAUAGGCCUUCAACGUUGCUUCGAGUUCCUGGCUUAGUCAAUUUGGUGUCAAAUGCUUACCUUCACUUUCUGCAAGGCCCUGGAACAAAAAUGUUGUUCGAAUAUGUCAAAGAAGUGCCUAAACUAGAAAGAAAACUUCGUCUAGACAUCGCAUCUCUAAUUGGCCCUCUUUUCUUCACAUGGGUUAUUCUUCUUCUGUUCCCGGUGAUCUUGUCGUCAUUGGUGUAUGAGAAACAGGAGCGUCUAAGAAUCAUAAUGAAAAUGCAUGGGCUAGGAGAUGGUCCUUAUUGGAUGAUUUCCUACGCUUAUUUUCUUUCCAUAUCCAUGCUCUACUUUAUAGCCCUGAUGAUAUUUGGGUCAGCAAUAGGACUCAAGUUCUUUCGGAUUAAUGAUUACAGUAUCCAGUUCACGUUCUAUUUUCUCUAUGUAAAUCUGCAAAUUGCUCUUUGCUUUCUAGUUUCUUCAAUAUUUUCAAAGGUCAAGACAUCAACAGUUUCUUCUUACAUAUACGUGUUCUUAUCUGGACUUGUGGGCUCGUUUUUACUCCAGUUUCUGAUUGAAGACUCAUCAUUUCCUAGAGGCUGGAUCAUUGUCCUCGAGUUGUAUCCUGCCUUCUCCUUAUUCCGUGGACUCUAUGAAUUCUCACAAUUUUCUUUCCGCGGAAACUUGAGAGGGGCAGAUGGGAUGAAAUGGAAAGAUUUUGGUGAUAGUGCAAUGGAUGAAGUGUUCAUCAUCAUUAUCGUUGAGUGGUUUCUAGCACUCAUUGCAGCAUACUAUAUUGACAAGAUUGUUUCAUCUGGAAAAGACCCGUUGUUCUUCUUGACCAACCCUUUCCAGAAAUCCCCUUCUAUGAGAAGGCCUAGUUUGCAGAGGCAAGGCUCCAAAGUCGUAGUUGAAAUGGAAAAACCAGAUGUCACUCAGGAGAUAGAAAAAGUUGAGAAGUUGAUGCUUGAGCCGAGCACAAGCCAUGCGAUUGUUUGUGAGAACCUGAAGAAGGUGUAUCCAGGUAGGGAUGGGAACCCGCCGAAGUUGGCAGUGCGUGGGUUAUCCCUCGCUGUGCCUUCAGGAGAAUGCUUUGGCAUGUUGGGACCUAAUGGUGCUGGCAAAACAUCUUUCAUCAAUAUGAUGACUGGGCUCCUGAAACCAACAUCCGGAACAGGGCUUGUUCGAGGUUUGGAUAUAUGCAAUGAUAUGGACAGAGUAUACACCAGCAUGGGCGUCUGCCCGCAGCACGAUUUACUCUGGGAAACGCUGACAGGAAGAGAACAUCUGCUGUUUUAUGGGAGACUUAAGAAUCUCAAAGGCUCUGAGCUCAUCCAAGCCGUGGAAGAGUCUCUUAAGAGUGUCAACCUUUUCCACGGAGGAGUUGCUGAUAAACCUGCUGGGAAAUACAGCGGAGGUAUGAAAAGGCGGCUGAGUGUUGCCAUUUCACUUAUCGGAAACCCUAAGGUUGUUUACAUGGAUGAGCCAAGCACAGGACUUGAUCCAGCCUCAAGAAAGAAUCUAUGGACAGUCAUCAAGCGUGCAAAGCAAAACACUGCCAUCAUCCUUACAACUCACUCAAUGGAAGAAGCAGAAUUUCUUUGUGACCGUCUAGGGAUAUUCGUAGACGGAAGCUUGCAAUGCAUAGGCAACCCAAAAGAGCUGAAAGGAAGGUAUGGUGGAUCUUAUGUGUUUACAAUGACAACCUCUUCAGAACACGAGGGAAACGUGGAAAGGCUGAUUCAAGAUGUCUCCCCAAACGCCAAGAAGAUAUAUCACAUCGCAGGGACCCAGAAGUUUGAGCUCCCAAAGGAAGAGGUUCGGAUCUCAGAGGUGUUUCAGGCGGUUGAGAAGGCUAAGAGCAAUUUUACCGUCUUUGCUUGGGGACUCGCAGACACAACUCUUGAAGAUGUCUUCAUUAAGGUUGCUAGAACGGGUCAAGCUUUUAAUGUCUUCUCUUGAUGAGAUUCAUAAGACGUCAAUAUUUGUUUGUGCAUUUAAAACUGCUACUAUAUGAUACAAAGUUAGCGAUUGUAAGAUUUUAUAUAUAUAUGUAUAUUAUUACUGGAAAUAUAUGUCACAUUUUUGUGGAUUACACUGAGAUUUCAAAACAAUUGGUUUUAAUCUGUU